GGCUCGUACCUGGCCUUCUGAACCUGGGAAACACGUGUUUCAUGAACUCUUUGCUGCAAGGCUUGUCCUCCUGCCCGUCUUUCAUCAAGUGGCUGGAGGAAUUCACAGCACAGUACAAGACAGAGCAGAGCCAGUCCACUGAGCACCAGUACCUGUCAGUCACCUUGCUGCGUCUCUUAAGAGCUUUAUCCUGUCAAGAGGCAGCAGAAGAUGAUGUGCUGGAUGCAAGCUGCCUGCUAGAAGUUCUGAGAAUGUACAGGUGGCAGAUCUCCUCCUUCGAAGAGCAGGAUGCUCAUGAACUAUUUCACGUCCUUACCUCUUCACUAGAAGACGAACGGGAUCGUCAGCCCCGUGUGACACAUUUGUUCGAUGUGCACUCGCUGGAGCAGCCAGAAAUAACCCAAAAGCAAAUAAGCUGCAGAACAAGAGGAUCUCUUCCCCUUGUGUCAAAUCACUGGAAAUCUCCACAUCCUUUUCAUGGAAGGCUCACCAGCAACAUGGUUUGCAAACACUGUGAACACCAGAGUCCUGUGAGGUACGAUACCUUUGACAGUCUCUCACUGAGCAUUCCAGCAACUGUGUGGGGUCGUCCCAUGACGCUGGACCACUGCCUCCACCACUUCAUCUCCUCGGAAUCUGUGAAGGAUGUUGUGUGUGACAACUGCACUAAAAUUCAGGCAGAAGGGAUUCUGAAUGGACAGAGCAUAGAAAACCAGAGAACAACAUUUGUUAAGCAAUUGAAGUUGGGAAAGCUCCCUCAGUGUUUGUGUAUCCAUCUGCAAAGACUGAGCUGGUCAAACCAAGGCACUCCUCUGAAGCGUCAUGAACACGUGCAGUUCAAUGAGUUCCUGAUCAUGGACAUCUACAAAUACCACGUUCCUGUUCACAAGUCCAGCCAGACUGAGCUGAAUCAGAAAAGCUCUGAAGAGACAGCACCUGGAACGAAGGAUGGGAUAGCAGUGAAACCUGCAGGUGCAGAAAAACCAUCAGGCACUAAACCACACUUUGUGAAUGGUGCCUGCCCCUCUUCAUUUUUAAUGUCCUCUGGAACUUUUCCACUUGCUGCAUUCCCAGAAUGCAGCUCCCCCGUGUACCUUUACCGCCUGAUGGCAGUGGUGGUUCACCACGGCGACAUGCACUCGGGACACUUUGUGACCUACCGCCGCUCCCCGCCUUCCCCCCGCAGCCCGUUUGCUGUCAGCAGCCAGUGGCUGUGGAUCUCAGACGACACCGUCCGCAAAGCCAGCCUGCAGGAGGUCCUCUCCUGUAGCGCCUACCUGCUGUUCUAUGAGCGUGUUCACUCCAGGGUACAGCACCACAGCCUGGAGUCAAAGGCUGAAGAGUGA